AUGCUUGCUGAUCAACUUACAGAUUUUAAGUUCAUAACAUUAGUUGUUUGGUACGAUGUUUUUUUUCAAGUACAUCUAGUCAGUAAAAGUAUGCAAGCAAAAGCAAUGGACGAAAUAAAUGGUUCUAAUAUGUUAAAAAGUGCUUUAGAGUUUAUGAAGAACUAUAGAAAUCAAUUUGAUCAGAUUUUGAUCAAAGCAAAAGUAACAGAUGAAUUAGGGGUGGAUCCUGAAAUAAAAGUAGUUGAUUAUGAGCGAUCAGAUGGUGCAGAUCAUAGAGCUGCAGUAAAAAAAUUUAAACAUGAAUUUUUUUACAAAUUAAUGAACGUUGUUACUACAUCAUUGACAGAUAGUUUUGAACUUUUAACGAUCCAUGUUGAUGUAUGGAAUUUUUCGUACGAUUUAAAAAAUGCACCUGAAAAUGAAAGCGAAUUAUUAAAACAUCACAAUCACCUUAAAGAUGGAUCUGACUCUGUUAUUUAUGGUGUCAAAUUAUGCACAAGAUUCUGA